GUGCCGACGCAUGCGCACUGGCCGGCUGGUAGAUGGAAGCUCGGCUGUCAGUCUACAGUUGGGCGUGGUGCAGCUUUAUCUCGGGAUAUUUUGUGAUGUUGACUUGACCCCGAGUGCAGUGAUAGUGUUGUGUGCGGUGUGCAGUUUCCCCGGAUCAUAGUGUAGUCGGUGGUGCGUGUGUAUGGUGCCGGGGUAUAUUCGUGGUGAUCGGGAAUGUCUGACUUGUGAACCACACUCACACACACAUUGAUUCAGCUCCUGUCGGUUUGCAGAGCGUCUGAGCAAGUAUGAAUGAGUUGGAUAGUUUACGACAGGAAGCAGAAACAUUAAAAAAUGCCAUCCGAGAUGCCAGGAAAGCAGCAUGUGAUACAAGCUUGGUCCAGGCCACUAGCAACAUGGAGCCAAUCGGAAGGAUACAAAUGCGGACGCGGAGGACACUUCGUGGCCACCUCGCAAAGAUAUAUGCCAUGCAUUGGGGGUCUGAUUCCAGUUCCAGGAAUCUAGUGUCUGCUUCGCAAGAUGGUAAACUCAUAGUCUGGGAUAGCUACACAACAAACAAAGUACAUGCGAUUCCUUUACGUUCAAGUUGGGUGAUGACUUGUGCCUAUGCGCCAUCUGGAAGCUAUGUAGCUUGCGGUGGACUAGACAACAUAUGUUCUAUAUACAGCUUGAAAACGAGAGAAGGUAAUGUUCGAGUUAGCCGCGAACUGCCUGGUCACACAGGAUAUUUGUCAUGUUGUCGAUUUCUUGACGAUAACCAAAUAGUCACAAGUUCUGGAGACAUGUCAUGUGCGUUGUGGGACAUAGAAACAGGUCAACAGUGCACGUCGUUCAUCGGGCACACCGGAGACGUCAUGUCCUUGUCCCUCGCUCCCGACAUGCGAACCUUUGUCUCUGGAGCUUGUGAUGCUUCUGCCAAAUUAUGGGACAUUCGAGAAGGCUCGUGCAAACAAACUUUCCCUGGUCACGAAUCAGACAUUAACGCUGUAACAUUCUUCCCCAAUGGAUUUGCAUUUGCGACGGGGUCAGAUGAUGCGACGUGUCGCCUGUUUGAUAUCCGAUCUGAUCAGGAACUAGCUAUGUACUCUCAUGAUAACAUCAUCUGCGGUAUCACAUCAGUCGCUUUCUCAAAAUCAGGGCGACUGCUUCUUGCUGGCUAUGAUGACUUCAACUGCAAUGUCUGGGAUUCAAUGAAGACAGAGCGUGCAGGCAUUCUUGCGGGUCACGACAAUCGAGUGAGCUGUCUAGGAGUCACAGAAGAUGGAAUGGCUGUAGCAACGGGAUCCUGGGAUAGUUUCCUACGAAUCUGGAACUAAAUAUCAUUAUUUUAAAAAAAUCUACAGAAAACGUUUCCUACAGAAGGCAGAAUUGGAGCAUCAUGAAUUAACAUUAUAUGAAACACAGUUUUCACUACAGUAGAACCCGCUUCCGUGACCCCGUCUUCCAGUUUUUGAGGGAUUUAAUACGAGAAAUUGUGUACAAGUUCUGCAUCUGCAGAGAGUGGGGUCACACAUGAUCAUUUCUUACUUCAGUAUAUAUACAAUAUACUCAACCCCAAUACGUUGCUUGCUAUACCCUGGGGUUCUACUGUAAUAUUAUUGUUAUUAUUAUCGUAAUAUAUUUUUAAAAAUUACUUAUUAUCUCCUACGUAUGUAAUUUGUUUGUUAAGAUUUUGACGGUGGUAUUUAUUAUUUUAUUUAUGUUAAAACAGUGUUACAUUUCAACAAUAAUAGCGCAACGCACAUUUUACACUCAAGAAUAUUUUGUUAGCCUCCAGUGAUUAUUUAAGCACACGGUACUCUCUUAGUAGAUUGUCGCGCGACCUUACUCCCAUUUUCUUUACAAAACAAAUUUUAGCUUUAACUUUUCUGGCAUCGUACAAAUCUUGUAUCCGCACAAUUAUAUCACAUUUUAUUUUAACAUAUGAUUUUAAACUUGGACUUGUUUACAAUAUUAUUGACCACCGAGUUUACUUUCUGCAUUUAUGAUGUUUUAUAUUCCGUUGGAGGGGAUGUUUCUAGUCAUACCUCGAGUAACAUACCUAUUUGUACAGGGACCAGAUACAAAGGGGCAACAAUUAUUAUCUCUAAUUUCUAUGAUAAAACUUGUCUGUUAGCACGGGACGUGAUACCGUACCUACUGAGUGCUUUAUCUUAUAUAAGUAGAAAUCAUGAAUGAGUAAUUACUGCCAUUUGCUUAUAAACAUGUUGUGGGUGAGACUUAUAGGAUAAAUAUGUGUACUAUUACAAAUUUCAUCGCACUAGAUUUUGAGAAGAAAAUAAUACAUAUACUAUAAUUAUUAUUGAAGUGAUCGUUUAGAUAUCCCCCCUCCCCAGGUAUCGACCUGGCGUAGAAACCCUUUUUGUAUAUCUAUGGAAUAUUUACUAACAACAAGACGUGUGGCUUUCAAAUAUUUUACUUUUUUAAUGGACAUUCACUUAUUUAUUCCUGUGAUGUGAUUUGGCCAGAGCAGUUUCUUUAGCUUUGUGAUUGCGCAUUAGUCUAGAUCUGGGGUUUGUAAAAACAGUGUGAAUGUGGAGGGUGAGGCACAUACGAUUGUGCGUCGUUUUGCGACAUUUCAACUAACUGUAUUACCGUAAUUUUCUUUGUAAGAAUGAGUUUUAGGUUUAGAGUUUAAUGUGUGUACCGUACCAUUAAUAUUAUUGUCUGGGAGUACGAAUGAUUUACUAGGUUAAAUUUCAGUGACACAAUUGUAUCAUGGACAUUUCCCAUUCCCCCUUAGUUCGUGUGGAUGUAAAAAAUUUUUUCAAAUCUUUGGGCUCCUUUAAAAAGGGCUACCGCAGGCAGAAAUGCUCACGGUGUUUAGGUGUAAAAAAAUCAGAUACGUCAAGUUUGGCAGGAUAAUCCGAAUUUGACGUAUGGGCUCAGGGUCUUUUUACACGUAAACCUUCAAAAUUCAAAGCCCACCUCUUGUAAGCGAAUGGCAUAUCACAGAAUAAAAAGGCUUGGAAGUAGGUGUAUCGACAUGAGCGCUGUUUGCUGCCCAAAGCUUUGAAACAUUCCCAGGUGGGCCAGAGUGUUAUCCCUUUGCCCCAUUGUGAGGACAUUUGUAUCAUUGUACAAUAUAAUAAGGCUCAGCAAAUUGUCCACAGAUUUGCUGAGUCUUCGGCUGUUUCUAUCUAUUGCAAAACAUGAAGUUUGUAUAUGAGUGUUCUCUUCUUUUUGUCAUUUAAUACAUUGUGGGCUGCUUAAAAAGUGAUUUUGUUCCUGUGGCAAAUAAAGGACGCUUGAGUUUCUGUCGACUGCCCGUUUUAUUUGCUUGAACCGAACCAGGAAGUGAUGUGCACCGAGAACAUCGCUCUACCAUCACACCCGUGGACAAUCGGGGUUACCACGUCUAUAGUUGGAUAUAUUCCGUGGUAACUUCUUGUCUUUGUGUAGUUUUGUGUUAUAUUUUUGUAUAUUGAUUGAUAAAAAUAAAAAAAAGAACAAACAACAUUCGAUUACAAAAUUAUGCAAGAUGCUGUUUAGCUUAUGAAUGACUGUUUUAUUGUGAUUCGUCUUGUAAAGUAAACUAUAAAAAAUCUCACUUGUCCAAUAAAGCUACUUGUCUUUA